UUGUCAGAAACUCUGGAGAGGUUCAUCUGCUCGCAAGUGUUCUAUUCGGAUUAAGGUAAAUCGAAGAUACUUCGGUUCGAUUCCUGUGACCAAAAUUCUCCCAGGAUUAGCCUGUUAGCUCCUCACGUUCAUCAGCAUUCCAGUUAAAAUAAGCAACUGGAAAAUGGAUUCAAACAACGAUCAAACCACCGCAGAUCAAAAAUGGGUAACGCUGGGUGAUGUACUGAAAGAACAGGAAGAACUCGAAGCCGAAAGUGACGCUGUACUGGGUGGCUCGGAUGAUAAAAAUUGCACCUAUUCGAAGGGUUAUAUCGGCCGGCAGGCACUAUACGCGUGUAUGACUUGCAUGCCGGAAUCCCGUGUAAACGAGGAUAAGCGUGCUGGUGUUUGCCUAGCUUGCUCGUAUCAAUGCCACGAAGGACAUGACCUGAUUGAACUUUACACCAAAAGAAAUUUCCGUUGUGAUUGUGGAGGAAAACGCAUGCCAGACAUUCGUUGUAAGCUGGAUCCGCUUAAGCUGGACGCGAACGAUCUCAAUCAGUACAAUCAGAAUUUCAUUGGGUCCUACUGCACCUGCAAGAGACCGUAUCCCGAUCCGGAGGAUAACGUGCCAGAUGAAAUGAUUCAGUGCGCGGCUUGCGAAGAUUGGUAUCAUACCAGGCAUCUGGAUACGGAUGAUGUACCAAGGGAUGCAAAAGGUUUUGCGGAGAUGAUUUGCGGAGGAUGCGUACAAAGAAUGGGCUUUUUGCGGAACUAUGUCGUAAAGAUCGAAGAUGGAAACCUACCGCUACUGAAUGACACAAUGGAGGUAAAUGUGACCGGUUUGGAUGAAUCGAACGUGGCUGAAGCGGAUGCUGCUGUAAAAGCUGAGGAGAGCAUGGCCGUAGACGAUGAUGGCAAUGCCGCCAAGCGUGCAAAGCUUGAUAUCUGCACAAAGCCUCCCCUGGAAGAGGGCGAUGGAGUCGCCUAUAAAAAAGGAGCUACAUUCUGGAACGAUGGCUGGCGAAAUCAACUUUGUCGCUGUUCGGAUUGCAUGGCCGUCUACAAAGAGUUGAAGGCAGAAUUCCUUCUGGACGACAAGGACACCGUCAAGUGGUACGAAGCAAACGGUCGAGUGAUGCGACAAAACGAAUCCAACAACGAACAAGGGACGUCCGUCUGGAAUCGAAUGGACCGUGUUCAACAAGUUGAGGUUUUGUCCGGGUUCAAUCUCAUGAAGGACCGCUUGCGGGAAUUUUUCGACACGUUCGUCACCAAUCGCCAGGUUAUAACGGAAACCGACGUUCGCGAGUUCUUCGCCAAAUUGAAUAAGGAAAGGUCGGAGAUGGGAUCACCUUCUCAUUUUUGUCGUUAAAUUUUGAUAUUUAUUCUUAGUGUUGUUCACGCCCAACUCUUGUCACCACGAUUAUUUUAUUUUUUAUUGAACAAAUUUAUACUGAUCCAAUAUUUUUGUUGCAUAAAUUUGAAUUGAAGAGAUAGGUAUUAAAAUUCUAAAACAGCUAAAAUACAUAUGAAAGAGUUGGGUGUGAUUAUCUCCUUUAUUUUUCGAUCAACUAUACCCAAUUAAUUGAAGUAUUAAAGCAGUAGUAUUGCAAAUUACUAACGCGUUUGUUAAUUUGAAGAA